UAUAUCGCAACUUCACAACUGCCCCACGGGAUUUCCAGUGCUUUUGAACUCUCUACCAACUGAUCGAUAUACGGUCACAUUUACCCAAGUCAGUCGCCGAUAACUGUGAGUCUGUGAACUAUUGAGAUGAUACAGUAGCACGACCACUAUCCGUUCCCUUAUCCACCUGCGGCAUGGCCGCCUCCUCACCCUCGCUUUCGGCGCUCUUGAAGAAAUCGACUCUUGACGACCACGAGCAAAUCCUCGAAGCAUGUAACAAGGCUCUCAAAACCUCAAGAUCCGAUCUCGAAGCUCAGCAUGUCAAAGUAGUCGCCCUUCUGAAACUCGACCGUUACGAUGAGGCUGUCAAAUUCAUCGAGAGCGCAGGUGACACUCUGCAGAAGACGGCAGAUGUGGAAUAUGCAUAUGCGCUUUACAAGACUGGUCGUUUAGAACAAGCUGUAGACCUGUCAUCCAAGAUUCAAUCAAGAGGCGCGCGGCAUAUUGAAGCUCAGGCAAGAUAUCGCUUGGAAGAUUCACUGAAGACGUCCGAGGUCUACCAGCGGAUAGAUCAUCAUAAGUCGGAAGACUAUGACAUGCGGGUGAAUCAGGGAGCAAUAGACGCCCAAGCACAAUGGAUUGGUGUUGCAGACGUGAAGUCAAUACGAAGGCCUGGAAGGGAGGACUUGCAGGCGUUCGAAACGACCUACAAUGCCGCAUGUGGAAGCAUUGCAAGAGGAGAGUAUGCACAAGCCGAAGUCCUCCUGAAGAGGGCGAAAGAACUGUGUAAGCAUUCCGAGGAUCUCACAGCCCAACAAAAGAUCGACGAGCUGCUGCCUAUCUCCGUGCAGCAACUGUACGUACUGUUAUGUCUCGGGAAAAGCUCUGAAGCGGAAGCUCUUGCUGCAGAGAUCAAAGUCGAAGAAGUGUCGGAUCUGUCAACACGGAAGGUCGCUGAGAACAACCUGCUGCUGGUGACGUCGGCCGACAAUCCCUUCCUCGCCUACAAGGCAUUCCAUACUACAGCAAAGAUCCCGCCAGAGGACAGGCUCUUUUCUUACCAGAACAUUCCCUUGCUAUCGAACAAGGCCACUCUGGAUCUGCGAGCCUUCAAGUUUGACGGUCUACGAUCAUCCACAACCAAAGCUCAACAUCGACCGCUUUCGCUCUCCCCAGAUGCCCUGGUAUCGUCAUGCUCAGCUGCUGCAGCCCGUGCAGGCAAUGAAACAGGCAAGGCAGCAAUCAAGAAGAUCCUCCGAAUCCUGGAGAGGGAACCAAAUGACAUUGGCACUAUCCUUACCUUGGUCCAGUUGUACAUCUUAGGUGGCGACAGCACCUCGGCGGUCGAACUACUCGAAUCCUUCCUGAAGAGGCUGGAGCAGUCUGUGGCUGAGCAUGAGCAAGAAAUCAGAUUCAGUCCUCUGCUUGUGAGUCUUCUGAUCAGCUUGUACAAGAACCGGGGUCAGAAGGCACAUGUCAAGCAAGAACUCGCAAAGGCUGCUGCCUACUGGCGCACCCAGUCCAACCCUCCCACCAGUCUACUGAAAGCGGCCGGCGUUUCACUGUUGGAAUCCCAGAAUGAAGAGGACACCGCUUCAGCGUCGGAGAUCUUCGCCAAGCUAAAGCAACAGCAACCAGACGACAAAGCCACGGCAGCCGGGUAUGUGGCCUCUCAUGCCACUGAUAAGUCGAGCCAGCUCAAAACGGACAUCGACAAACUCACACCUAUCAAUGACCUUAUCCGCGACGUGGAUGUUACCUCAAUAGAGACUGCUGGCAUACCACAGUCGUCGAACGCUCUUGCAAUAGCACAAUUGGGGCGAACGAGAAAGCGAGCGGCUCCAGAUGCCAACGGUCUCAAAGCCAAACGAGUACGCAAGUCACGAAUACCGAAAGACUAUGACGAGAAUAAGAAACCAGACCCGGAGCGGUGGCUUCCUAUGAAGGACCGGAGUUACUAUCGACCACCAAAAGGAAAAAAGAAGGCCAAGAAAGGCGGUGAUACCCAGGGUGGCGUGGUGAACGAGGAUCUAAACGUCGAUGGGAAGCCCGCUGCUCCUGUUGUUUCAACAUCUGGAGGAGGCAAGAAGAAGAAGGGCAAGGGCAAGAAAUGAAGCGCGGCUGGGUGGUCGCUGUGAAUGGCAUCUGAGCAUGCCGCAAUGCAUGUAGGGUUUUCUACAGCGCCAAAACCACAAAGCUCGUCAGUCGUAUGCAGUCUACC